GUUAAACCAUCUAUCUACCUGUCACGAUUAACAGGUAGUAAGUAAUUCAAUAUUAUUUUGAUUAUUAGAUGUAUCACACACUAAGUGUGACCGUAUUAUAUACUGGAUGACGUUUCAAACAAAAUAUAUUGUUCAUAAUCAUAUCAAUGAAUCAUGAUCACACGACUUCGAAACUUGAGGGGUAGAAUGAUUUUCCAGAUAUCUGGGACAGGUGUUGAAUCAUUCUUAUUACACGUAUUUGCAGAUGACUAGAUAAACAAAGCUUCUGCUAAAUUAUACGGAAGAAACUUCACGAGAAAUGUUCUUACAACAAGAAGUGUCGACAGGUUAAAUUGCGUACAUGAGAAGCAACAGAUAUUGAAGAAAGAAAGACGACAUUCAUGAAAGUACAUAAAAGGGAUACCUUGAAACUAAAGUUAUCAAAAUCUAUAGGGGAACGGGAAAAUGGGCGGUAUAAAGGAGAGGAAUAGUCAGAAAAUUCAAACAUUUUCUGGCGUGUUUAUAGUCUAUUUUCCAUAUUUUAUGUUAAUUCUUGUUUACAUGUUAUCUAGUGAAACGUAAAUUCAGUAGUCAUUGUGUAUCUAAAUUAUGCAGUGAAUUUUAAACUUUGAGACAGUCAACUUUUUCCAGUACUUGUAAGCGCAAAAAAUAGAUAAACAUAUAACCACAUGAAAACCUUAUUUUAUUCUAAUCAUAUCAGGUGAUCUUGGCGGAAAACUGUUAGAUCAGGUGGUAAAAUUUGCAUUCGCCGGUGAUCAGGUGGCAUUAAUGUUGGCGGACAUAGAUCCAUUUCAAGCUUUAAUUCCUGGUGAUUUAAUUACUGAUCCCGAUAAUCCCAUUCCUCCGGCCACAUGUAUAUUAGCCAAAUUGUUAGUAUUCGCUAUACGACAGCCUAUUACUAGAGGUUACCCUGUAAUAUACUAUUACAAUUGUACUAGUGUUGCAGCCAAUAUUACUAAACUGAAGUCUAUGACUCACAAAGAAAAUAAAGUGGAGAAGACUGUUAAAAAGCCAAGAUGUCUUUUGGGGAACUGUACAGCUGAUGUAGUGUUGACGUUCGAAAGACCAAUCUGUGUAGAAACAUACGAAAAGUGUAAAGCUCUUGGGAGGUUUAUGCUUCGUGUGGGCGGUGAAUCAAUAGCUGGCGGUACUGUUACAAUGAUACUUCCGAUGACAAAAAAUCGACUUAUUGACGUGUAACAAGGCUUGAAUUUUCGCACUGAAAAAAAACACUUGAAACAUUUGCUAUCUCUUAAUGCCAGAAUGUCUUUCAUUAUCUUUUUUGUGUUCUCUUGUGUUUUCCACUUUUGAAACAAAUGAUUAAAUGCUAAUUGUUUCUUUUUAGUCUUAACUGUUUUCGUUUCAAACCUGAAAAAUUAUUAUCUUGUAUUCAGGAAUGUAUUCAAACUGUGCUUUAUUAUUGUCAAAUGGUUUAGAUUUUCUAAAGGUUCGGGUGCAAACUUUUAGUCCAAUGUGUUUGUGUAUUACUUAAAAUUGAUGAAAUACAACCUCACA